AUGAGGCAUGCUUUCCCAACAGGUUCCGUAGCAAAGAAUUUCUUCACAAAAUCAAAGCUGCCCAUCCUGGAACUUUCUCACAUCUGGGAGCUGAGUGACGUGGAUUGCGAUGGGGCACUGACACUCGCGGAGUUCUGUGCCGCUUUCCACCUUGUGGUUGCGAGGAAGAAUGGUUACCAGCUGCCUGAGACGCUGCCAGAGACACUGCUGCCCGAGUACCUUCAAGCAGCUUGUUUGAAGCCCAUGCGUGACUGUGCACUAUUUGAUUCUUACUCUGAGCCAUUGCCAAGCAGUCAGCAGAGUCGGGACUUGAGUCGGACAGAGAAGUCAUCAGCUGAAGAGGUACCUGAUAACUCUGCCCUGUUACAAGAUGGGAAGAAAGAUGACAAACAAGCUCUUAAAGUAAGCACUGCUCUCAAAACUAUACCAAAGGAAUUUCAGCACUUGACUGUGAAAGCAGUUGCUCAAGAACAUAAUGCACUCAGAGCCAGACCACGAUCCAGGUCUUAUUCUAGCACAUCAAUAGAAGAUGCCAUGAAAAAGGGAGAAGAGCCUCCUACUCCACCUCCAAGGCCACAAAAAUCACAUUCCAGAGCUUCCUCUUUGGAUCUGAACAAAAUAUUUCAGCAAAACACACAAGCUGUCAGGUCUGGCUGGCUGCCCCCACCACCACCUGCACUUCCCCCUCGGCCUUCUGUAUCUCAGACAGAGCAACCAUCUGAGGUUGAAUUACAUCCUCAGAUGAACAGACCCCCAUCGCAGGCAGAAGAAAACAGUUCAGCAAAAAAGGAGGUUGCUCUUGCUCAACCACCCUCCAAGCCUGCCCGCAGGAAGCUCCGGACAGAGGCACAAGGGCUGGAGACCCCCGAGCUUUCUCCCACGAUAAAUGUGACUUCUUCCCUGCCAGCAGCCAAGCCUCACCUCCCAGUCCAAAAACAGUCUUCCAAGCAGAAAAGGACUAUUCAGACUGCUAUACGAAAAAACAAAGAAGCCAAUGCUGUGCUCGCCAGGUUGAACAGUGAGCUCCAGCAGCAGCUGAAGGAGGUCCACAAGGAACGCAUUGCCCUGGAAACGCAGCUGGAGCAGCUACGUCCCGUCACCGUCUUGUGACUUCCUGCUCAUGCAGGAGCAGAGCAGUGUCCAGCAGUCUCACAAGGAGAGGAGUUCUGUGCAGCUGAGCAGGGUCUCUGCCAAGGCAGGGGGGAGGACUGGCCUUGCUGGGUCUCUCUUCACCCCAUUACGCACAUUUUGCCUUUGCAGGUGAGGAAGGUACAGAAAAUGAAUACCUGACUAUGGAAUAUUUCUGAGUGGGGGAUGCUUUGCCUUCUUUCUUCCCCCUUCCCAGCCCAAUGUGUGAAUGCAGUUUAUCAAUUAAAUGAAUAACCUGAGAGUAUUUUAUUGAUGUAAAGAAUUCCUGAUUUAUAUGGAUUUUGGCAGCACCUCCUGCCCCGAUCAUUAAGAGUACAGCAUUCCUGAAUUCUUGCUUAAAUUGAAAACUCAUCCUCUGAGAUGUGCUUCUGGAUGUUACUGAUUGCUGUAGGAUUGUAUCACUGUAGAGUACCUGUGGAUUUAACAUACCAUAGGAAUACAACUUGCAAGAUGUACAGAAUCUUUAUCCUCAAUCACAUGUCAAAUAAUUAUUUUCUUAGUACUGUUUAUUAUACAAUCACGGAUGUAUUUUAAUGUUAGAGAACUUGUAUUUUAUUAGUUCAAGUCAUGUAAGAGAACAGUAAAAAAUACUAAAAUAUAAUUAUUUUGGAAAUUAACAAAAAGAAAUCUUUUUGAGCCAGAGCUGUUGUUUCUAAUCACCAGUAUUUGGGCACUUGCUUGCAACUACCAGUAUCUCUCCAUUGUUUUAGCAUGAUUGAGGUGGCUGGUAUAUAUAUAUAUAUUUUUUUUUCUUUAACCAACAGUGUAUUUCUAACAAGAGAUUAAAAAUGCAUUCAGGGCAUUUUUAUAAGAGCUAUUCUAUGUACAUUUAUAUUAGUCUGCUUUGUUGUCUUAAUAGCUGCUGACUUGUUUUAAGGAUGUGUACAAGAACAGUACUUCCAGAAGAGAGGAGAUAGCAGAAGUGCUAUGUAUGAGGCUAUAAAAUGUGAGAUGGAAGUAAUUGCCUUUUACAGCAGGCUUUUGUUAAGGUUCCUUUGCACGUCAGUGGAGAUGCUACUGAUAGGAGAAAGCUGCUAAUGCCCACCUAUUUUCUAAACCAAGAAGCAAAGAUUUAUCUUUAACCUGCAUUUGAUCCAGGGCCAGCUGAAUCCUGUAGGGAAUUUUCCAUGGCUGCAGUGGUUGGUGGCUUUGGUCUCAGUUUUUUACAGUGGAAGCUGGCUAAUGAAUGUUGCCAUAUUUCUUGUGGCAAUACUCUUGAACUAGGUGACUUCAGACAUAAUAAUGUCAGCCCUGCUCCCACCGUGGGUGUGCUUUACUGAAAGGGGACGUCACCUACCUGUUGGUGACCUUCAACAUGACCCUGCACGUGUCUCACCGACCGGACUGAAGUGUUUGUGGUCACCUUGCAGAAACGGUGCAGCAUUUCCAUCACCCUCCUGGGUGUGAUGCCUGCUCCCUGUAGCAGUAGGAUUGCCCUGGGGCUGAGAGGAAGGAGAAGCAGGUUUGAAGAAGCUGGAGAACCUCUUCUUGGGGGUGUGUUAUGGAAUGGCUGCCGUGGCAUAUCACAGAGCACCAGAGCAGCCAAAGGUUUUGUUGGGAGAUAAGAAAGGCAUCACUGGGAGUGUUGAAAGUGGUAAGGAGACAGUUUACUUUUGCUGAAAUGAAUAUGGAAGGAGGACAUGAAUCCAGAAGUCUGCAGGUGAAAAUAAGCAUUGGCAGAAUUGUUACUAAAAGUCUGAUUAGUUGUGAUUCAGCUAAAGAUCACUGUGUCAACAAGCAACAGCUGUUCUUCUGGAUUUGGGACUUCUCUCAUGUGGCUGUUGCAUAGCUGAGGUCAGAUGGUCAUUCCUGGUCAGUGACAAAAUGCAAGGAAUGCAGGAUUUUCUGGGAAUCUGCAGAAGAGCCACUACCCUCUUGCUAAUAGUGGUAUUGCUGAGAAUUUAUCAUCAUUUAUUUAAUUUGUUCAUAAUACAACUGAGUCAUUCGUGAGAUUUAAUGAGGUUAAGUGCUUGCCCUGUUUGCUUUUUAGUUCAUACAUUGUCAUUUGGUUAAUAAGCCCUUACUGUUUCGUAGGAAAUAAUCAUAUGGCAUACUUGUUUUUUUCUUUUAUGGGUGAUUUUUUAAGGAAAGCUUUUAAAUGAUUACAAAGAAGUGUGUGCAAUGUGUUUUUAAAGAAGUGGAGGACUUUUUCAUGUUUGAUGGAGCUUCCUUUGAAAUAAUCUCCCAUUUAUUUCACCUGAGUUAGUCAUGGAAUAAACACUGUUCAAGGGAAGAGUGGAAGAGUCGGCUUUAUACUGUCUUUUUCAAAAGUCUGCCUUCUAAAAUCCAGGAGUUUUUUCAUUCACUGGAAAUUAUGAUACUUGCUUAGCCAACAAUGAAAUACUUGCUUGGCUAUUACUUUACCACUGGCUUAAUAAAAGUAUUUCAUAAUCCCUGAUAUUUAGCGUUGCAAUCAAAUACCCCACUUAGCUUCAAUGACUAGAAUGUGAGUUGAUUUCUAUUCUUUUUGGUGAAAUGUCAGUCAUGAUAACGAUAUACUGCUUCAUACAUGGGUAAAGUGAAAUAUUCAAGGAGAGGUGUCAAUGGUGUCAAACAUAUGGUGCAGGAGGUUACUCUUCUGUAUGUCUCAAUGGUUAAGCAUUUAUGAUAGCCCACACAGAAUGAAAAAAUGUGUCUGUUCUUGGGAAGCUGUUAGCAUUUUGAGGAGAGAAGGAAUCGUGAAGCUAUGACAGUGCUUCUGGUAAUUGCUCGAUGCAGCCAUGCUCAUGGCUACAGUUAACAGGCCCUGACUGGUCCAAAUUCACAUCUAAAUCCAGUAUUACAGAUUUUCUUCAAAAUACUUUUUCUUUGGAAAAAAAUGUGGGUGGAGCAAGGCCAUAAUUUCUUGCAGAAACCUUUACUUUCUCAGACUUUGGAUGGGAGAUGCUCCUAGGUCCAAAACCAUUUGGUCAGAAAGGGAGACCUCACAGGCUUAGUGUUCAGGGUACUUUCUUGGGCUACAGGUGAGUGAGCAGCUUUAAACCCCAACAUCCCUGACCCAGAACAGCAAGUGAGGUCUGCCUGCCCCAGCUGCCAGCCUGAUGAAGGAGCGGGAUCACAUUCCCAUGCACGAGCUCUCACUGUUCUCAGUUUGUGGUUUCUGUAGAUACUUGGGCAGAGCACAGCAUGCCCGUCAAGAGAGGGUAAGUGGCAACAGGAGCAUGGCAUCCUUGCAUCUGAGAGGAAGUGCUGACCACGAGCCUGGUUCCCCUUUUCAAGUCUUCAGUGGGCAAAUAAGUAUUUUUGUCUACACAAUAGGGCUAGGCAGAGCAGAUAAGGAUCUUCCUCAGUGUGUGUGUAAGAGUGCACUCAUGUGUCUUCCUUUUGUUCAUGCAUUUCUUUAUGGGUCUGUUAAGAUUCAUAUCACCUGAUACCUAUAUUUGUUUCAAUCUAUGGUAAUUCCAUGGUAAAAAAAGAAAAAUGCCCAGCUAAGUGUAGUGACUGAUUGCCUUUGUAGAUAAGCCAUUUCUAUUUGAGCCUUUCAAAAUAAAUAAUGACCUGGUAAUUAAGCAAGGCAAGCAGUUUCCAUUUCUGAGGCAUUCCUUUAUUAAAUAAACUACCUGUGAACACACAUUAAUCCUUAAGGAUCAAUGUCCUUCUAGUUAUUAAUAUUAUACUAGGCUGCAGUGGAAACAUUACCAACUCUUUCCAGAAAGUCUUCAGUUUGCUCUUCCAGAGAGUUUUGGUGAUGUAACAAAAGCGUGUUUAGUCAAGGCAGCCUUGUUACUGGUAAAUGUUGGAUAUCCUGUUAAAGCGAAAAUAUCAUCAGACUGCAUGGCAGUAGUUUUCCUGCUGGAAAUUCUGUAUUCACAUCAGGGAGAUGAAUUAGUUUGGAUAUCAUGCAGGUAGUUCCAGCUUGACAGAUAAUCAGAAGGCCUGGAGCACCUCUCCUAUGAAGACAGGCUGAGUUCAGGUUGUUCAGCCUGGAGAAGAAAAGGCUCUGGGGAGACCUUAUAACACCUUUCAGUACCUAAAGGGCCUGCAAGAGAUCUGGAGAGAGACUUUUUAUAAGAGCAUGCCGUGAUAGGACCAGGGGGAAUGGCUUCAGACUGAAAGAGGGCAGGUUUGGGUUAGAUAAAAGGAAGAAACUCUUUACUGUGAAGGUGGUGACACACUGGAAGUGGUUGCCAGAGAAAUUGUGGCUGCCCCAUCCCUUGAAGGGCCAGGUUGGAUGGGGCUCUGAGUAACCUGAAUAGUGAUGGGUGUCCCUGUCCACAGCAGGGGGUUAGAAAAAGAUGAGUCUCAUGGUCCCUUCCAAUCCAAACCAGUCUCUGAUUCUACAGCACUGCCAAGGCUAACCAGCGUAGGGUGAUGAGACUGUGCAUGGUAAAACAACCAUAAAGGGAUAGUUGGGGUUUGGAAACCUUCACAGGAAGCAUUUAGGAUGGGCAUAAGGUGAAAAUUGGCUGUUGGUGAUGCAUAGGUUGCUUUCCUCCCAGCUGAGCUUCCAAAACAGGAGGAAGAGAUCCUGUAAAAGUUGCUAGCUGGGAAAUGAGGGAUGUCCAUUUUCCAGUACCUUCAGUCUUUCAGUCUUCAGCAUACACAGUCCUUGACAAGAAAAUAAAUGGGUUCAUGAAGCCACAUAUUUUAUUGACUAAAGAGUAAAAUAUUUUUCUUCAGGAAAAAAAUUAAGUCUUAGUGAUUUAGUAUCUUUGAAAAGAGAUGAUGUAUUUUGAAGCUUUUUUCAGCUAUCUUGAUAUGUACUGUGAACAUAUGCAUUACGUUUUACUCUGUUACUGAUUUUUUGAUAUAAAAAAGUUGUAUUGCAAGCAUUAUGGUUGUUAAUCUAAAAAAAUACCCCAAGGCUAUUAUAUAUUUGAAUUUUAACUUAUAAAUUAGAUAGCCAGAUUUAAGUAAUUUGUUUUCACAGCUGCAGACUGUCCCUGUGGUAAGCUGCAAAAUGUAUAGUGUUCUAUACUAUGCCCAUCUACGUUUGGAAAAUGUACGUGAUAUGAAGAUGGGUGCUACAUUCAAAUAAAA